CGCUGCGACCAUAUGCUUUGCGUUUACAAUAUUUAAAUUGUAAAUACAUAUUAUCUACAGUUUUGGAGAGGCGCCUAUAUUGCACGAGCCCAAUUUUGGUCUCAUAUUCGCUAAUCUCUACCAAACCGCUGCGGUUGUGUCCUCCAAGAAAAUGAAACUAUUGAUUCCGAAAUGAUUUUAACAACAACAAAUGCAUGUAGUUUAAUCAAAUCUUACGAACUAUCAGUUUUAGGCGGAAAACAAUUCGCUGAUAAUAAGCGUUAAGUUCGGCUUUUUACAAAUAGAGCGUUUUUUUGUGUUUUGCGUCUAAUGAAAACAUUCGAAAUCCAGCUUUGACGGAGAAAGGUUUAAUUUUGAGUAAUUCUAUUAUGACAUUAACGGUUUGUGUGCACAUGGGAAUAACGGAAAUUAUUUCAACUGUGAUAAAAUGGAAAUUGUGCAAAUAGUUAUGCGCAAAUAAUGAAAAAAUAUUAAUAAAUAAUUGAUAAUAAUAAUAUAAAGCAAGCCAACAAAACAUAUAAAACAACAACAAAUAACUACUUCUACUUAAAAAAAAAUUUAUAAUAAAUGCGUAACCAGAUUUUGUAAUAAAAACAACUAAAAAAAGUAACUGUGAAAAAAGACCCCUCCAGAGAGUGCCCACUUACAGAAUUUAGUUCCUGUAAAUAGAGCACAUCUAGUGGUCAUGGCGUUCGAUUUUGUAGCAGGUUGCCUCGGUGGCUGUGCAGGUGUUUUAGUCGGUCAUCCAUUCGAUACAGUUAAAGUUCAUCUACAGAUGCAGGAUGUUAAGAAUCCUAUAUAUCGUGGCACCUUUCAUUGUAUAUCGUCGCUAGUUCGUACGGAUGGUGUGAAAAGUUUAUACCGCGGCAUGUCCAGCCCACUGAUGGGUAUAAGUGUUGUUAAUGCCAUAGUCUUUGGUGUAUACGGCAAUGUACAGCGACAGAUGGUGGACUCAAAUUCAUUAUAUUCACAUUUCAUAGCUGGUUGCGUGUCGGGUUUUGCGCAGAGUAUAGUGUGUUCACCAAUGGAAUUGGCUAAAACGCGUAUGCAAUUACAACAUAUGGAUCCAAAAGCUCCUCAAUACAAAAGUCCUAUUGAAUGUAUAAGACAUAUAAUACAGACAGAUGGGUUUAAAGGUGGUUUUCGUGGUUUGGGAAUGACAGCGCUCAGAGAUGUACCAGGUUUCGCCGCCUACUUCGUAAGCUACGAAUGGUUUAUGUCGUUAAAAGAAAAACCGAGCGUCCCACACGCUCUAACUGCCGGCGGCUUAGCCGGUAUCGCUUCAUGGCUCGUAUCUUACCCCACAGAUGUAAUUAAGACGCUGUUGCAAGCAGAUGGUAUGAGUUCAGCGCCCGUGUACAAAGGCGCCUGGGAUUGUGCGGUCAGAAAUUAUAAUAAAGAUGGACUGCAUUUCUUCUUCCGUGGUCUCAAUUCAACUAUUAUACGCGCGUUCCCCGCGAACGCCGCCUGUUUCUAUGUGGUCGCUUGCAUUUUGGGUCUGACAAAGCGUACAAAUUUGGAGAUGGAAUUACAGACAACCGAUCAGUUGGCCAUAUCGAGGGUACCCAUAUCGGCGGAGAUGCCCUUAUCCUAUCUGCAUCGUUAUGACAAAGAGCGCCAUGAAGUGCGUGAGAAGCGUUAUACGAUGGUGAAAAUUUUACACAGCCUAGGUGCCUUCAAUGAAGCCGUCUGUCAUUCGGAAAUCGAAGAUUUAGCGCAUGAAUUUUAUCCUGAAAAUGAUAAUGAUUUUAAAUAUUAUGUUUUCGAAGAUGAACGUAUAAAAAUAAGAGAACUUUGUGGGGAUAAUGAUUGAGAAUACCAUAUAAAGUCCGUUAUAGCUGACUAGUUGCAUUUAUAUAUAUAAUACCAUAUAUAUGUAUGUAUGUAUGUUUUAUUUAUAUGUAUGAAUAGUUAUUGUACAUAUAUUUAUUUAUAUACAAAAAUACGUAGUGCCAAAGCAUAAAAUCAUCUGUAGUUAGGAAUUAUGUAAAUUAAUAAAUGUGAAAUAGUUGAAAAUGCCAACGUUUUACGAAUGAACGCAUUCACGUUUUGAAGUUUUAUAAAUGAAAAAGCGCAGAAAUAAAAUAUUUUACUAUGAUAAACAACAAAA